AUGUAUGCAAAUAAGCAACGAUUUUAUGUGGGGAAAACCGGCGCGGCGCCGCCUCAGGCGGGAGCUGAAAGGGGCUGGUCCGACUCCGUGCGGGCAGGCCUUCUUCUGGGCGCCUGCGGGAAGGGGGUUACCUUUCACUCUCUGCUGGGCCUGUACGUGUGCGCGGCCCAGCACCAGCCUGGCGCCGUCCCGCCGGCCCAGCAGCAGCUGCAAAGCGCAGCCCCCAAGCCGGCAGCCUCAGGCAAGCAGGGCAACGUGCUGCCGCUGUGGGGGAAUGAGAAGACCAUGAACCUGAACCCCAUGAUCCUCACCAACAUCCUGUCGUCGCCCUACUUCAAGGUGCAGCUCUAUGAGCUCAAGACUUACCAUGAAGUGGUGGACGAGAUCUACUUCAAGGUUACGCACGUUGAACCAUGGGAGAAGGGGAGCAGAAAAACGGCAGGCCAGACAGGGAUGUGUGGAGGGGUGCGGGGUGUUGGAACUGGAGGAAUUGUGUCUACUGCCUUUUGUCUGCUCUACAAAUUAUUUACACUGAAACUCACUCGUAAGCAAGUGAUGGGCCUUAUAACUCAUACUGACUCUCCAUAUAUUAGGGCUCUUGGAUUUAUGUAUAUUAGGUACACACAACCACCAACAGAUCUGUGGGACUGGUUUGAAGCCUUUCUUGAUGAUGAAGAGGACCUGGAUGUGAAGGCAGGUGGGGGUUGCAUUAUGACCAUUGGGGAGAUGCUUCGUUCCUUCCUCACUAAGCUUGAAUGGUUUUCCACGUUGUUUCCAAGAAUCCCUGUGCCAGUCCAGAAAACUAUUGACCAGCAAAUUAAAAGCAGACCUAGAAAAAUCAAGAAAGAUGGCAAGGAGGGGAUGGAAGAAAUAGACCGGCAUGCAGAACGUAGACGUUCAAGGUCCCCAAGAAGAUCCGUCAGUCCCAGGAGGUCUCCCAGAAGAUCCAGAAGCAGAAGUCAUCAUCGGGAAGGCCAUGGAUCAUCUAGUUUUGAUAGAGAGCUAGAAAGAGAAAGAGAACGGCAGAGAUUAGAACGUGAAGCUAAGGAGAGAGAAAAAGAAAGGCGGAGGUCUCGAAGUACUGAUCGCACACUAGAACGGAGGCGAAGCAGAAGCCGGGAGAGAUACAGAAGCCGCAGUCGAAGUCGUGACAGGAAAGGAGAUAGAAGAGACAGGGAUAGGGAGCGAGAGAAAGAAAAUGAACGGAGCCGGAAAAAAGAGAGAGAUUAUGAUAAGGAAAGAGGUAGUGAGAGGGAAAAAGAUCGAUCUUUUUUUUAGAUAGAAGAGAGAAGACACAAGGAUGACAAGGAUGACAAGAAGCACCGGGAUGACAGGCGGGAUUCUAAAAAAGAGAGAAAACAUAGUAGAAGUCGAAGCCGAGAAAGAAAGCAUAGGAGUAGGAGCCGAAGUAAGAAUACAGGUAGGCGCAGCAGAAGCAGGAGCAAAGAGAAGUCAAGUAAACAUAAAAAUGAAAGUAAAGAGAAGUCAAAUAAACGAAGUAGAAGCCGAAGCAGAGGAAGAACAGGUAGUAUUGAGAAGUCCAGAAAACGAGACCAGAGUCCCAGCAAAGAGAAAUCGCGCAAGCGUAGCAGAAGCAAAGAACGUUCCCACAAACAUGAUCACAGUGAUAGCAAGGACCAUUCGGACAAACAUGACCGUCGAAGGAGCCAAAGUACAGAACGAGAGAGCCAAGAAAAGCAACAUAAAAACAAAGAUGAGACUGUGUGAACUCUUUCAGAAGUGGAUCACAUUGAAUCCUAUAAAUGUUUGAUUAAAUCCUGCUUAUUUUUUCUUAAAGUUGAGAUUGUGCAGUAGUUGAUGAGCACUCUUCUCCAACCUCCCUCUAGGCUUCAGAUUGUCAUUUCCUAUUUUUGGGUAGGGAAGUGCCUUUGUAAACCCAUUCAAUGCAUUGACGGUUUCAAACCAUUUGUUUAGUUUAAUUCGUACUGCAGAGAUUGCUCUUGCAGUUUUAUUGCUCAGAUGUUUCUGAAAUGUACAGUCUGUACAUAUGUCCUGAAAAUGUUUUAAUUCCUUUGGCAUGGUUGCCAUGUUGGUUAAAUUUGUAUGAGGCAAUAAACUGCCACUAAUUCUA